UGAGCUAUAAAAAGGCAUAGCAUGGGGGAGGGAGGGCUGCCGUGCAGCAGGAACUGUGCAGACACACACACACGGGGAUCCAGGGACAGCAGCCCCCUUGCACUGGGAACUAGAGCCGCAGCACGAAAGAGAGUUGAAGGAAAACACUCAUCAAACGCAACACAAUGGCAGACAAAAUUAAAGAUGCCAAGAUCAUCUUUGUUGUGGGUGGGCCUGGCUCUGGAAAGGGCACCCAGUGUGAGAAAAUAGUUGCAAAGUAUGGCUACACCCACCUGUCAUCUGGAGAUCUGCUCCGUGCUGAGGUGGCUUCUGGCUCUGAGAGGGGCAAACAGCUCCAGGCCAUCAUGCAGAAGGGAGAGCUUGUGCCCCUGGACACCGUCUUGGACAUGAUUAAAGACGCAAUGAUCGCCAAGGCUGAUGUCUCCAAGGGCUUCCUUAUUGAUGGCUACCCCCGUGAGGUCAAGCAGGGCGAGGAGUUUGAGAAGAAGAUCGGCAAACCCUGCCUGCUGCUGUACGUUGACGCAAAAGGAGAGACCAUGGUCAAGAGGCUUUUGAAGCGUGGUGAGACCAGCGGCCGUUCUGAUGACAAUGAGGAGACAAUCAAGAAGCGCCUUGACUUGUAUUACAAAGCAACUGAGCCAGUCAUCGCCUUUUAUGAGAGCCGUGGCAUUGUCAGGAAGGUUGACUCCGAGCUGCCAGUGGAUGAGGUCUUCAGCCAAGUGGCCAAGGCUAUUGAUGCACUGUAGUAAAACAACAUAACUGGA